GAAGAAAUUGUAAACUCGUCCAGUAGUUGAAUUAUCAGUGUAAUCAUGGCCAGUCAAAUGCAAUUAAUUUUUAUCCUCGCAAUUAUAGGGCUGGUAUACGGCAAAUCUGUAGCUAAGCAUAGUUUUCUCAUUUCUGUAAAUGGUGAAGAAAAAAAAGUGGUCCUUGAUGACAAAAUUGAUAAGCUAUUACCGGCAAUUCGUACGUUUAUUUUAAAGAAUGGAUUAGAUCCUACUCAAUUAGGAGAUUAUUCCGAAAGUAUUUUCCCACAUUUACCUGGAGCGUUCAAAGGAAGCGUCGAUCUCAAGAAAGGAUGGUUACAAAACUUAUCGACGAUAAGACGCACGAAUCACAUAAUUGGAAUCUAUAAGGACAAACUUUUAACAUUAGAUAUGGAUUUGGGAUUUGACGUUUUAGAUUGUACCUAUGAAUAUUAUCUAAAAUAUCUCUUUUUUACGAGGCAUGGCGAUGUAUUUAGUCGUUUCUACGAUCUCGAUAUUAAUGUCUCGUUAACGAUCGAUUUAGCUAAAUAUUAUAUAGAGCUAAAUUCCAUUAAGUUCUCGGAUGUCAGAAAAUACGACAUCAAAUUUGAGGGUCAUAUUUUGGAUCGUCUUUUAAAUAUUCUGGUUAAGGCAGUCACAGUAAUUUUCCGAAAAUGCGUAUUGGUAGCCAUUGAGGAACGUUCCAUAAAGAUUUUCGGUGCGAAAAUUGACGAAUGGAAUAACAGUAUUCCACGACCAAAGUACGCCAUGUUGCCCAUAAUACAAUGGUUCGAUGAUUUGAAUGCGCAGCUUAAUUAAUCUUUGUCAUUUUAACGAAUAUUCAUUAUUUUGUACUUCAAAAUAAAGCAUGAAUUAUUUACAUUUGAAU